ACUGUAACCCCUAAACGUUUUUCCCCCUUAUCUCCUACUUUUUGUGCACCUUUCUGAACAGUCACUCCCCUCUUCGUGUGUUGCAUUCCUGGAUGACUCUGCACUGCUAACUAAAACCCUCUCCCCUAUUUUACGUUCUCACUCAUGAAACCAAUGGUUCUUGGUGAAUGAGGUGAGAGUCCUACCUUCUCUUCUUCCAUGAAUUCUACAUUCACUUCCCAAAUCACUUCCCCAAACCCCUUCACACCUUUCCUCAAAACACCCUCCUUCAAUUUCUGUUCAUUCCCACAAACACAACAUCAUAAUCACCGCCGUCGGCGAUGGCGGUCUCAUACACCUUUAACUGUUAUCUCCUUACAUAAUAAUAAAGCCGAUGUUCCCUUACAGUUACUCACCAGUGCCGGCAUUCAAUCCACAGAGAAACGUCAGGAUAAAGUAUUGUUAUCUAAUGUAAUUACGCGAAUUUCAAAGCCGAUUGUUUUUACGGUUUUCUGGAUCGUAAUUGGGUUAUGUCCAAGUCGAGGGUUUCACCAAGCACCUGCAAUUGCCGCCCCAGUGACCAGUGAGGCGUUGAAGACGAGGAAAAGCAAAAGUAAGCAAGGAGUGAGCAACUGGAAAGAUCAUGAGUUUUCUGAUUAUACAAGGAGGUUACUUGAGACUGUUUCUAGGCUAGUUAGGAUUAUAGAGGAAGUUAGGUCAGGCAAUGGGGACUUGAAGAAUGUGGAAGCGGCAUUAAAGGAUGUGAAAUUGAAGAAAAAGGAAUUGCAAGAUGAGAUUAUGACUAGACUUUAUGCAGAGUUAAGUGUUUUGAGGGGAAAGAAAAUGGAAUUGGAUAGAAAGUCAGGGGACAUUCUUGAUUCCAUGAUGAAGUCUAAGAGAGAGAAAGAUAGGGUUCUGGAAAGAGGUGGGAAAAAGACGACCAAGGAGCAGGUGCUGGCGGAGUUGGAUGAGUCUAUUAGCUACAAAGAGAAGGAGUUUAUGGAGACUUCAGAGGAAACAGAUGAGAUUGAGGAUCAAAUGUUGAGGAGAGAGACCAUGACCUUGAGCAUUGGUGUUAGGGAACUUUGUUUUAUAGAGAGGGAAAGCAUCACCCUGGUUGAGAAUUUUAUUCGGCAAAUGAAGCAGAAAGAUUCCGACAGGGUGCCUAAAAGCUCUAAUACCAACCUUUCUAGACCUGAAAUCAAGAAAGAGCUGCAAACUGCACAAAAACAAUUAUGGGAGCAAAUGGUUCUCCCAAAUGUUGUGGGCAAUGAGGAUUUUGAAUAUCCAUUCGAUCAAAAUUCCAUUGACUUCAGUCAACGCAUCAAGCAAUCACUUGCAGAGUCAAGAGAAAUGCAGAAGAAUCUGGAGGCUAAUAUAAGAAAAAAGAUGAAGAAGUUCGGUGAUGAAAAGCGUGUUAUUUUAAACACCCCAGUUGAUGAGAUUGUGAAAGGUUAUCCAGAAAUUGAAAUGAAAUGGAUGUUUGGAGCUAAAGAGGUUGUGGCUCCAAAAGCUGCUCGUGCUCAUUUGUUCCAUGGAUGGAAAAAAUGGCGGGAUGAAGCUAAGACAGAUCUUAAAACAAAACUGUUGGAAGAUGUUGAAUUUGGUAAAGAAUAUGUUGCUCAGAAACAGGAAAGAAUCCUUUUGGAUCGUGAUAGAGUGUCAUCAAGAACUUGGUAUAAUGAAGAAAGAAAAAGGUGGGAAAUUCAACCUAUAGCUAUCCCAUAUGCUGUGUCCAGAAAACUAGUAGAAAAUGCAAGAAUCAGACAUGACUGGGCUGCAAUGUAUUUAACACUAAAGGGAGAUGACAAGGAGUUUUAUGUCAAUUUGAAGGAAUUUGACAUGAUGUUUGAAGAUUUUGGAGGAGUUGAUGGGUUGUAUCUAAAGAUGCUUGCCUCAAAUGUUCCAACUGAUAUUCAGUUGAUGUGGAUCCCUUUUUCAGAGUUGGAUAUCCGCCAACAAUUCCUCUUGCCAAUACGUCUCUCUCGCCAGCUGUUAAUUUGGUUAGGAAAAUUUAAUCUUAGAGAUUUAUCCGCUGUGAACAUGGUCAUUGACUGGGUGCAUAACAUGAACAAAGAGAUUAUGGCUAUAAUCGUAUUUCCUAUUCUGGAUUUUCUAAUUCCUUACCAGACAUGGUUGGAUUUAAGUAGGUAUACAACCAUGAAAAAGUUUCUGAAUUGGAAGAUAAAGGCAGAGCGGGAAGUUAAAUCCCUAAAUGAAGGAGAGGAGUUCAAUUGGUAUUUUUUGUUUGCAGUUAGGACUUUUAUAUAUGGAUAUAUUUUAUACCAAAUAUUCCGAUUUAUAAAAAGAAAAACACCCAAGAUUGGAUUUUGGCCAAAACGCAAAAGUGUGAACAUGCAGAAGCUACGAAGGCUGAAAUACUUUUUCCGGGCUAGAUUGCAGAGAGCAAAAGCUAAAAAGAAGGAAGGUGUUGACCCUAUCACCCAUGCUUUUGACCAGAUGAAGAGAGUGAAAAACCCUCCUAUACGUUUGAAAGACUUUGCAAGUGUCGAGUUCAUGAAGGAAGAAAUAAAUGAAGUUGUGGCAUUUUUACAAAACCCUCGUGCCUUUCAAGAAAUGGGUGCUCGUGCCCCUAGGGGAGUUUUGAUUGUAGGUGAGAGGGGAACAGGUAAGACUGCACUGGCUUUGGCUAUAGCUGCAGAGGCUAAGGUUCCGGUUGUUGAGGUGAAGGCCCAACAAUUGGAGGCUGGUUUAUGGGUCGGGCAGAGUGCAUCCAAUGUUAGAGAACUCUUCCAAACUGCCCGAGAUCUGGCACCUGUGAUCAUAUUUGUGGAAGAUUUUGACCGGUUUGCUGGUGUGCGUGGCAAGUUUAUACAUACUAUGAAACAGGAUCAUGAGGCUUUUAUCAAUCAACUGCUUGUGGAACUUGAUGGGUUUGAGAAACAAGAUGGGGUUGUUUUAAUGGCCACAACACGAAACCUGAAACAAAUUGAUGAAGCUUUACAGCGUCCUGGUCGAAUGGACAGAAUAUUCAAUCUUCAAAGACCAACACAAACUGAAAGGGAGAAAAUACUUCAAAUUGCUGCAAAAGAAACCAUGGACCCCCAACUCAUUGACUUUGUUGACUGGCAGAAGGUGGCUGAAAAAACUGCUUUUCUACGUCCUGUUGAACUCAAACUUGUUCCCAUGUCCUUGGAAGGUGCUGCCUUUAGGACUAAAGUCCUUGACACAGAUGAACUCAUGAGCUAUACUAGCUUGAUUGCAACUUUCAGUGGUAGUAUUCCCACAUGGUUAAGGAAGACAAAACUCGCAAAGGCAAUGGGCAACAUGGUGGUUAAUCAUCUUGGGUUAACAUUGACCAAGGAGGAUUUGCAAAAUGUGGUUGACUUAAUGGAGCCAUAUGGUCAGAUAAGCAAUGGGAUCGAGUAUCUAACCCCUUCCAUUGAUUGGACAAGAGAGACAAAGUUUCCACAUGCUGUUUGGGUUGCGGGCCGUGGACUUAUAGCUGCUCUUUUACCAAACUAUGAUGUGGUUGAUAACUUAUGGUUAGAGCCUUUGUCUUGGGAGGGAAUUGGGUGCACGAAGAUUACAAAGGCUAAAACAGAAGGUUCCAGGUUUGGAAAUGUUGAGUCCAGAUCAUAUCUUGAAAAGAAGCUUGUGUUUUGCUUUGGGUCGUAUGUUGCAUCCCAGAUGUUGCUUCCAUUUGGAGAAGAAAAUAUUCUUUCUUUAUCUGAAUUGAAACAGGCACAGGAGAUAGCUACAAGAAUGGUGAUUCAGUAUGGGUGGGGUCCGGGCCCUGACGACAGUCCAACAGUUUAUCACCAUGGGAAUGCAGUGACCGGUUUAAACAUGGGGGACAAUCAUGAAUAUGAAAUGGCAGCUAAAGUUGAAAAGAUGUAUGACUUGGCUUAUGAGAAAGCAAAAACGAUUCUUUGGAGUAACCGGAAUGUUCUAGAGAAGAUUGUUGAGGAAUUGCUGGAGUUUGAGAUCUUGACAGGGAAGGAUCUUGAAAGGAUCAUUUCAGUAAAUGGUGGGAUUCGAGAAAAAGAGCCAUUUUACCUUGAGAAGUUCCAUAAUGAAGAGCCUGUGUUUGGGAGCUUGCUUGAAGAUGGGAAUGGCCCACAAAAUGCCCUUCUAUCUGCAGCAGCAAAUUAGGGCUAUUAUUAUUUUUUGUUGUUUAUAAAUUAUAAUGGUGUAUGUAUAUUAAGGUCUUAAGGUUGAGGUGAGUUUUGAUGAUGGUCACAGACUGUAUGGUCUAAUAGUGUAGUUGUAUUGUAUGGUAGAGAGAUAGAGGUGUAGUGGCAUUAUGAAGGCGAGAAGAAGGCACUCAUUUUCAUUUUUCUAAAUAUUUUAUACAGAUUUUAGUUAACAAUUUUGAUAA